AUGUCCUGGUUGGCUCGCUCAAUCGCCAACAGUCUCCAUCUUGUUGAGGAUGACGAUUUGGUUGCUCAAAAUGACAGCGCACGACUGACCCACCUUGAAGACGGCAGACCAGGAGAUCAAUACCCGGAAAACAUAAUUUCCAAAGACGAAGGAGAAUGGCAUGUGGAAGAUCGAUCGUUAUAUGCUAAUGACGAUGACAAUGAUGGUGAUAAUCGGAAUAAUCUACAUGGGCUGAAAGAAGAUCUAUCAGAAUUUAAAGAACAAUUUACGCGUCAAUUACGGGGUGUGGCAUCAUUUCUGGCUCCUCCUCCUACACCACCGCCGCCACCUCCGCUUCCGGGGCAGAAAUUGGGGUUGUUGUGCUCUGAAUCGAAAUUGGAGAAGGAAGGAUUGGAGUAUGGGGAUGAGGAGGAGGAGGGGGAGGAGGAGGAGGAGGAGGGAGAAUUGGGGGAAUGUGGUGAAGGCGAGCCUGGGCAGUUUGGGGAUCAUUCGAAUUUAUUGCAAGCAGAAGAUUAUUAUAUGCUAGAGGACGCGGUGGGGAUAACGGAGGAAGUAUUGGCCUUUGCGAGGAAUAUUGCUCAUCAUCCUGAGACCUGGUUGGAUUUUCCUUUAUCAGAUGAAGAAGAAUUUGAUGAUUUCGAUCUAUCUGAUGCACAGGUCAAGCAUGCCUUGGGUGUUGAACAUCUGGCACAAAGAUUAGCUGCUCUUAGAUAUGAACUUUGCCCUGCCCAUAUGAGUGAGGGUUACUUUUGGAUGGUCUAUUUUGUUCUUCUGCACUCGAGAUUAAAUAAGCAUGAUGCCGACCUUUUGUCUACACCGCAGCUCGUGGAAGCUAGAGCUAUGAUGGUUCCUUUUGAUUCAAUGGCAUGCCAAGCAACAGAUGAUUGUGAGAUAGAGAAGCACCCUCUUGAAAAUAAUGAAAUCGAGUUCAUCGACAAGUCUGUUAUUGAAGAAGAUCCCACAAGCAAACCUGUGGAAAAGGAGAUAGAUAGUCCAUCAAUCGAAUUGCAAGGCUUGCAAACUGAAAUAUGA